AUGGCAAAUGCUGGAAGAGCAGCUCAUGAAUCAAUAUUUAAAAAAAGUGAUAAAACCUAUCUUAAAAAUCGUAAACCAAUAAUUGGUUAUGAUUUUAAUCAGGGUGUUAAAUAUGAAACAUUAUUUGAUUCAUUUCUACAACAAGGUUUUCAAGCAACAAAUUUAGCACGAGCAAUUGACAUCGUAAAUUUAAUGAUAAGAAAGAAACACGAAAAGGAAACAAAUUGUAAAAUAUUUCUUGGUUAUACAUCAAAUAUGGUUUCAUGUGGUAAUCGAGAAAUAAUUCGAUAUUUAGUACAACAAAAAAAAGUUGAUUGUAUUGUAACAACAGCUGGUGGAAUAGAAGAAGAUAUUAUCAAAUGUUUUGCAUCAACAUAUAAUGGUGAUUUUAAUUUAAAUGGAAUUGAAUUAAGACAAAAAGCUAUUAGUAGAAUUGGAAAUUUAUUAAUUCCAAAUGAUAAUUAUUCAGAAUUUGAACAAUUUCUAAUGCCAAUUCUAGAUCAUAUGCUUAAAGAACAAAAUACAAAUAAUAUUAAUUGGACACCAUCAAAAAUGAUUGAAUAUAUGGGUGAAAAAAUAAAUAAUGAAGAAUCAAUUUAUUAUUGGGCAUGGAAAAAUAAUAUUCCUGUUUUUUGUCCUGCCAUAACAGAUGGAUCAAUUGGUGAUUUAAUUUUUUUUCAUUCAUUAAAAAGUCCGGGUUUAAAAAUUGAUAUUGCUGAAGAUAUACAAAAAAUAAAUAUGUUAGCAAUUAAUUCUUUACAUACAGGAAUGUUAAUUUUAGGUGGAGGAAUUGUUAAGCAUCAUAUUUUUAAUGCAAAUGCAAUGAGAUCAGGAGCUGAUUAUGCUGUUGUUAUUAAUACAGCUAUGGAAUAUGAUGGAUCAGAUAGUGGAGCCAAUUUAGAUGAAGCUGUUUCAUGGGCUAAAAUACGUCCAAAUGCACAAACAGUUAAAGUGUUUGGAGAUGCAUCAAUACUCUUUCCGUUACUUGUAGCUCGAACAUUUGCUCAAAAUAAUUGA